AUGGCCUUGUUUGGACCGCCAGGGGCAGGUAAGGGAACGCAGGCCCAAUUGCUUAAAGACCGAUUGAACAUUGCCCACAUUAGCUCGGGAGAUCUGUUCCGGUUUCACCUUCAGGAGGGUACCCAUAUAGGGGUCAGAGCUUCUGAGUUCAUGAACCAGGGACUCCUGGUACCAGACGAUCUUGUCAUUCAGAUGGUACUGGAAAAGAUCGCGGAACUUGGUUCAAACUCGGGAUUUAUUCUGGAUGGCUUUCCUCGAACCCGGGACCAGGCGGUUGCUCUGGAUUCGGCGCUUCAGGAACAAUCCAAAUCUCUCGACACAGUCUUGCUCGUCAGUGUUCCCGAGAGUGAGUUGGUACGCCGCUUGGGUGGGAGAUUCUUGUGCCGCGACUGUCAGUCACCGUUCAACCUUAAUGACUACCAGUUCAGUUCGCCUCCUCCCUGCACGAGGUGCGGUGGAGAACUGUAUCAAAGGCAGGACGACCGACCCGAGGCCAUACAGGUCAGAAUCGGCGUUUACAAUGAACAGACGGCGCCGGCCCUGGACUUCUAUCGGCAGAGGGAAUUGCUGGUAGAAAUAUCGGGGGUUGGUCCAGUCGAAGACAUCAAUCGCGAAGCCUUGAAAGCUAUAGCUCUGGACACUUCUUCUCACCUCGGAUAG